AUGGAGAAAAGUUUGAUAUUGGCCUUGAUUCUACACGACACCGUCACCGAACAUAACCCUAGUGUGGUCUUCGUAGCACGUCCUAACAUGGCGACCGCCUUCAGUGACACGUUGGUGCCUUUAGACAUCGUGGCGGUGGUCGAUGAUCCGAUCACUUUUGGCCCCGGAAUAACGUUGGGGGUUAUCGGAAACGCUCAAGGCCUAUGGGCGUCGACCGGCCAAGACGUCUUAACGCUCGUGGAGUACAUGGACUUUGGGUUCACGCAAGGAGAAUUGAAUGGUAGUUCCAUCAGUAUGUUGUCGAAGAAUCCGAUCUCCGAAACGACGCGCGAGGUUGCAGUGGUCGGAGGAAGAGGGAAGUUCAGGAUGGCACAAGGGUUUGCAGAAAUUAAAACUUACUUCUUUAAUUUAACCAACAGCAAUGCUAUUGUUGAGUAUAACGUAACAGUGAUUCAUUACUGA